GCUGGGCUGUGAGCCUUCAGGAUCUGGUCGGUCCUCACCACACGUUGCCGGGAGUGACACCUGUUUCCCCUCAGCCAUGAGCCUUCCCUCCACAAGUUAGACCCUGCUGGUCCUCGUGAGACCCUGUUCCAGACUUUGGUCCUACAGUGCCAGCACCCCUCUCCGCGUUCCUAAAACAACUGCCUGUUCCCCAGGGUCCAGGUGCCCCACUAGUGGGGCAAGAGCAUCUGAGUGGCAGCUGCAAACACAGGACCACAAAGGGGCCUGGAGCAGUGCUGGAAGAGGGCUUGAAAUUCCCCCUUCCCUUUCCCAUGCCGUCUUUUCCUUUGACACUCCUCUCCAUGUCUAGAAAACGGAGAUAUUAUGUUUUAUGGGGUGUCUGGGUAUCAUGACACACCACACACGUGUACACAUGCAUGAUUGCUAUGUCCAUGUAUGCUGCACACACAAGGUCAUUGUGUACAUGACACACAGAGACACGCACGGUCCCUGGCUCUGUAAGCUUACGGAACCGUGAUGGCAGCUGCUCUCUCUACCACCUGUCACCCCAGCAGUACUCACCUUGAUUCUGCCUGCCACACCCCCUGCCCUGUGCUCCACAGGGCUCCUAGGAUGAGAGCACGCUGAAGCAAGCCGUAAGCCUGGGCCACCAUGGCAUCCAGAGACCUAACACCCUCGCUGGGCUCCCCCUGGGACGCCAUCCUACAGGCUGUCAGAGACCAGCUUCCAUCCCUGGACUCAGACUCCUCCUCGUUGGAUAGUGGGGAAGAGGAGUUGUUCGUCUUCCAGCGAAAUGAAACUGUCCUCAUUCCAGACCUGUCAGAGGAGCUGGCAGAAGACCUGGCCGACGAUGUCAAGUUUGGGGCCUGGGUCCCUGCGGCUGAAGGUUCUCCUUCCCAGGAUGGAACUGAGGCUGCAGUUCUGGUGCCUGUGGAGCAGACCACACAGCCAAGGACUGACUGCAGAGUCAGGACAGAGGACUCAGCCUCUGGGAGAGGGAGAGCUCCAGAGAGCUGUGGUGAGACCAGCUGUCUUCCCGGGACAGCCAGAGAGACUCUCACGCGGCUGGAUGGGGACCUCAGGAGCAAGUCCUUUGACACCACAGGGUCGCAGAGUCGACCCUGGCACAUGCAUGGAGGAGCCAUCCUCCUGCUCCAAGACGGAGACCAAGACACAGAGCCCCAGGGUGCUGCCCCUCCAGACUUUGCAGGCCGCAGGGCCCUGCGCCGAGCCAGGAGGAAAAUGAUUGAGAAGGACAUCCUCCACAAAGUGACCUGGGAUGCCCAGGACCCGACCUGCGGUACCCAGAGCCAACCCCAGGGGGCGCCCUGCGCAGCUGCAGAGUCAGGUCCCCAGCCAGAAGACCCUAUGGGACCUCUGGAAGGGCCACCAGUGCUCUCACUCCAGCAACUGGAAGACUGGGAUUUGGAUUCCAUCCUCCAGAGCCUGUCGGGGCUGGAUGACAGCCAGGGAAGUCGCACACCUGGGACUGUGUGGUGGACAGCUGACCUCUCCCAAUGCCAAGAGCAUACUGUGUUAAGAGGCCAGGACAGGCUCAUGGAGCAGCUGGCACUGCUGAGUGCUGCCCAGUCCAGAGCCACCACGUCUGCCCGGAGGACGCCUGCUGUCACCCCUCAAGACGCUGGAAGCAGGUCUCAGUCCAUACAGAAGCAGCUCAGGAGCCCCCGCAUUCCUCAUGGCAGGUGUGCUUUGACCAAGUCAGGCUUCCAGGCUGAGCCAGACAAGAAGGGAGCUGAGGGCCGAUGGCUGAAGGCGGAGCCCCCCACCAUCUUCAUCGACCUGCGGCAAGCAGGGCCACCUGGCCACCACUUCUCCCCAGAAAGCUCCAGUCACAGUUCCUCUGACAGCGAGGAGGAAGAGGAAGAGGAGACUCGGGGAAACCAGCAGGGCCCUGCAGCAUUGAGGGCCUGCACCGGGAAGAGUCAACUUCUCCAACAGCUCAGGGCAUUCCGCAAGGGGACAGCUCAGUCCCAACUGCCUGCCAAGGACAGCUGCGGGGGACAGAAGGUCCAGGCCCCUGAAGAUCUGGCCCAAUCAGGAGCUGAGAAGAAACAUGAAAAACUCUGGCCUGAGGGGCAGGGUGCCCAGACCAAACCCCUAGGAGGACAGUCCCAGGCCCCCGGGCCAGGGACAGCCAGGGAGCCACUGGUACCACCCCUCGGCCAACCAUAGAAGGGUCUCAGAAGCAGGUCAGGCAGUCUCCCCAUGGAUGCAGGUCCUGAUGGGUGACUGUGGCCUGUCGCUCAGCCCUAUUAGAGUUCAGUGACAACAUCUGCACGCAUGUAGAACAUAUGUAAACACAGACUCACAAAGCACAACAAACCUGGAAGCAAAAUGGCACCAACCCCAGAAAGAGACGGGAGGAGAGAUGGGGCGGCUGCCAUGCUGCCUUCCACCAAGACCUUCCACCCCUAUCCACUUCCUCUCUCUCCUGAGAUGGGCAUGUUACUUCUGUCACACACGUGGCUCUCUGGGAGACCUCGGCUUGAAGGUUCCUCAGUGCACACCCAACCAGCUGCUUGGAAGUUGGGGUGGCAGCAGAAACUUCCUGAUAAAGCAUAAAGACACACAGAGGUCACAGGACUUGCUGGGUGUGUACACUAAAAGUUAGAAACCUCGUUGCUAACAAUGUAACCAGGGAGGGGUGGCCGGCUGGCAGGCCAAACCCCAUGGGGGCACCCACUUUCCCUCGGCAGUUACCCUAAAGCCUGACCCCUGGUCCCUCUGUUUUAGAAUCAUUCAUUGGUCCUGAGUAACUCCCUCCUUUUGCCACAAGUCUCCAGCAUGCCAUGCUCUCCUGCCCCAGGGAAGAGCAGAAAAGCAUCACCUUGGGCCCCUACAACAUGGGUGCAGGCAGCAGGACUGGGAGCCUGGCAGGACACUGUGGUGUUCAGCUGGGGUCACAGCUGGCUGUCAUGCCACUGAGGCUGGGCAAGGGUCUCUGCAUCAAGACCAGUGACAACAUCAAACAACCCCAGAUGCAGGCCGCCAGUGAUACGGUCAUGGCUUCUCUUCAGCACCACCCUCAUCUGUCCCCUGGGACCCUGGCACCAACCCCAUCGCCACCGGGAGCAGUGUUUCCAACAGAAGACACAGCAGACAUGCUAUCACUGUGGCCUCGGCCUGCGGCAUACCAGCUCCUGUCACUGGGGAGCCUCCACUUGCACACAGCCUCUGCUGUGGCAGCUUAGCCCUCAGCCCAUGCUGGUUUUUCCUGUAACUCUACUUCUUCCUCUUUCUGCCCCUUCCAGUGCCACUUGGUUCAAUCAGAAUGUUUCACAAAACAUUGCGAAAAAUAAACUGUUCUGAGUUCACCUCUGCCUAUGAAUCCAUGCCUUAGAGGCCAG